CACCGCCAGCAGCCUCCCUUGCAAGCGGCCUGCCGGCCCCAAACUAUCUCGUAUGUCGGACAAACAUCAGGGCAUCACGCGAGCUGUGUGCAUGGAUGUGUUUUCUGUCAGAGUGUGUUUCCGUCGCUAUCGUCCAACACAUCGGCACUGCCACCGCCCGGCUUUCUGCCCACCCCGUCUAUCGUCGUGCCUGCUCUGCCGCCGUUGCUAUCCUCGCCGAACACGUCGCCCGACUCUGAGCCGAUCCGACCUCAGUCGUUCUGUCAGAGCCACACCGCCGCCAGUGCAUCCACCUAUAGCAGCAACAGACAGGGAAGGCAGAGGCAGGGCAGGAAGGGAGGCAAGCAGUGAUGGGAACACAGGCCACACAUACGGGCGUUGGGUGCAUGGUGUCGUUAUGUGAUGUGAUGUGUUUGUUGUGGUGCCAUGCCGAGUGCAGAUGUAUUUCGCCUCUUUACCGCCGAUCCACCGACUUGCCGACUUUGUCUCGUGACACCGACAUGUGCAUGGUCUCUGCGCCGCCCUCCGCCGGUGAUUUUGUUCGGGAUAUCCGUGCCUCGCGUUUCGAGCGGCGGGGUGGUGAUGCGAAGUGGACACCUCGCAUCGAUGUUUGUCUAUGUGGAUCUGUGUCGCGAGUCCCGUCUAUCCCUCCGACAAGGUGCGCAGUAGCUGGAAGGAAGAGCAGACAGACAGGAGGACGCAUACAUGGAAUGAAUGGAUGUGUAUCGACCGUCUGUCGCACACACAACCGACCUGUAUGUGGGUGUUCCCGCACCCCCGUGACCACCGCCUCCGCGUAUGUGUGCAGCCGACGUGUGCGUCCACUGUAUAUGUGAGCACAAAGUGUUUGUUCUGCUCGUGCCCAUGUGUAUUUCGAUGGAUGUGUUGCGUGUCCGUCGAUGGGUGCGUGCGAGUGCCUGUCUGCCUGUCUGCCUGUCUGCCUGCCUGGAUGGAUGGAUGUGUGUCUGGAUGGAUACAUGGAUGGGAGCCGAUGGAUGGGUAAGGGAGAGAGAGCGAUGUGGAUGUGUCUUUGUCCACGGAGGAGAAGCGAGCCCUUACAUGACAUGAAUGAUGCUGUCUGUAGCCGUUCAUGGCGUAGCGUGUCAGUGGAGCAGUCGAAGUGAUGCAGGCAGCCAGGCAUGUGUGCAUUGGAUGUGUCCAUGGAGCCGAGCUGAUGAGAGCUGAUAGAGCUGUCCAGAAGUGCAUAGAGCAGCGUUUACUCAUGUCGUGGUUGAGCAAGUUCGCCAAUAUAGCCAGCGCUGCUAGCUAAGCCGUUAAAAGGACACGUCAGCGAUCCCCCCCUUGUGGUGCGUCAGCCCUUCGGCUUGUGCUGUGUUGCGUCUUGUGGUGUUGCGUUGCCGUGAGUGUCGUGUUGCGUCGCCGUGGACUACGUGGAGUGUGUGCACACAUCAAGGGUCCUUCUCCUCCCCUCCCCUCGGAGAGAAGACAACGUGAGCCACACACGUCUUGACCCAGUGUUACUCGUCUUGAGGGUCCAUCACAUCAUCCACUUCAUCAUCCCUAUUCACCAUCACUAGAGCCAGCCAUCCCUCUCUCACCCCCCUUGUCCAGCACGCACAGAGAGCGGUGGCGCGUUAGUGUUUCUCUUCUGUCUGUUUGUCUGUCUGCCUCUGUCUUGUCACGCACAUCUCACACACCCAGGGAGGCACAGAGGAGGACGCCAACGUAUCAGGCGGAGACGGGGACGAGGCAAUGGAUGUCCAUGCCGCAGAGCGGGCGUGGCCUACCGACGCGGCCAACUUCGCGGUGGGCGUGAUUGAGCGGCGUGCUGCGAGCACGGAGCGGAGUCAUGGGCGUGGCCGGCAGGCGAGGGCGACUUACACGAACUUCACAUCGUGGUUCGCUGGCCCUUCGACCCGUCCCGUUCUCUCGCCAAACAUGCUUUUCGCCGCCUGUGGGAUGCAGUCGUGGGACGGCGUGUUUCCCGUGCCGUGGCUGCUUGCCCGGCGAGAGGGGGUGCCGCUGGAGGCGACCCGCUAUGCCAUGACGUUCCAACAAGAUGUCGCGGCCCUGUCGGAGGCUGACCGAGCGGCCUUCGACUGGUCGACUGCUGCGUUUGCGAACCGUGUUUUUGUGAGGCACCCGGAGGUGCUGAUUGUGAUGAACUGCAGCCCACCGAGCGAGGACGGCAUCGAUGCAGGUAUGGAUGUGUGUGUGAGAAAAAGAAAAGGUGUCGGGCAUGGAGUGGUUGAUGUGUAUGGAUGUGACUGAUGGUGCAGGUAUGGUGGAGAAGGUCGCUACAUCGUUCGACCUGUAUGACGAGGCGUAUGAUCUGGUGUGCAUCGCGUCGGUGCUCCCGCGCGAGGCGUCGGUGCAGCUUUCGCGACAGCAGCGUCGCUAUGCUGCUGGCAGUUACCAGACUUGCGCGCUUUUGCGGUGGGCAGCCGAUCAUCCUGGCUGGUGGUUCGCGUUUGAUGGUCAUGCACCGCAACGGGCAUGGAGUCUGAGGGCCAACGAGGCAGUCGAGUCGUGCGCAAUGCGAGUGCUGACGGGCUGGACGACCAUGAUGUUCGUGCGACGUGCUGCGAGCAUUCGAACGGACGCUCAGGUCCGUCUCCGCGAGCUGACGAGCGGCCAGUCGAUUGUCAGGUGUCGCCAGCACGACAGCCACUAUCCGACCAUUCUCUCGCCGCUUUCACUGGUGCAAGAGUCGGUGGGGUGCUGCUAUCCACCGUUCGAUGCGACUUUGGACAGCGUUGAAGUGCGGCCCGCAACAUGUCAGGCGAAGGUGGUCCGCUACUGUUGCCCAUUCAAGAUACAUUGGGGAAGUUCUGUUGGGUGGAGCUGUCCGGUGGGUUUGUGCGCCAAGCAUUUUGCCGAGGUCAGCAGGGAGGUCGGUGAGGCCGAGAGCGAGGAGGACGUUGGCUAUCGGCUGCUGUGCUAUCGACCUGGGGCAUCGAGGAGACAGGGCGAGAGUGAUGAUGCCGUUGGUAUGGCAACCGGUGCAGCUGCUGAUGGUGACAUGAACGCUGACGGUGGCGGCGGCCAUCAGGACGGGGCUCAUUGUGCGGAUGCGAACGCGACUGAAGAAGACAAUGGGCAUGCCGAGGUCGAGUGGGACAUGAUCAAUGAGUGUCUGAGGAGCUGUGCAUUUGAUGAGUAGCCUGACGAUGCACAGGACGCUGCGGACCGGGCGGAGCAUGCCGCAUGAGAGCAGUUGGUUGCCGAUGCGGUGACGGACGCUGGGCCGGCAGACUUUGGCAUGGAGAACGCGACCGAUGACCGGCUUCUCGACGUGGACAACAGCCAGCUCCCUCUGUACAGCAUCAGCCCGCAUGGCGACCGGAUCUGGGCCCACCUGCUGUUCAACCCCUGCUUUCGACUUUGGCGCCGUCUGAAGAAGGGUGACAGCAAGAUGAAGCUGUCGGCACAGCGGUUUCUGCAGAGCUUGACGGCCAAGGACUCGACGCGCAGUGCGUGCAUCACUCACCCGGAGGCCGACAUGUUCCCCGACAUUUUUUUGUGGACAAGAGGGACCACACUCCCAUCGGCGCCCUUCCCGCGUCCAUGCUCGCUUCCUCAUCGUGGAAUGGGAAGCGGAGGAUUGCAUCUGCAAUGAAGCACUUCAAGCUGCGGAUCCGCGAUCAUUGCCUUCGGACCGCAGCCAACGAGAACUACAUUGGGUUCAUGUACAACAUUCACGUUAACAUGGAGCUCAACCACACGCACUCGUCACUAGUGCUGAAUCGAGGGACCGAGUAUAUGAAGCAGCGACAGGACAACACCAGGGAAGUCAUCGAGACGGCGCUGCCGAUGGAUGCGGGCGAGGCGCGGAAGCGCGUUCGGGAGCUGUCGGCAUGGACACAGGUGGGCAGUGGGGUGACCAACGAGCGCAUUUAUGAUGAAUGUCUGUAUGUGCACCCCUGCGUACACAUGUCGACUUGGAGUGUGUACAUGAUGAAUGUCUCUAUGCUCAUGCACGUCUCGACUUGGAGUGUGUGUAUAAAAUGAACGUCUGUGUGCGCACCUCUGCGCAUGCACGUGUCGACUUGGAGUGUGUGUAUGGAGUGUGUGUAUAUAAUGAACGUCUGUGUGCGCACCCCUGCGCAUGCAUGUGUCGACUUGGAGUGUGUGUCUAUAAUGAACACGACACACACUCCAAGUCGACACGUGCAUGCGGU